AUGUCCGCUAAGAUCCCGAGAAACUUCAGACUCCUGGAAGAGCUGGAGAAAGGCGAGAAAGGCCUUGGCGCAGAUGGAGAGGACAUGAUGAUGAGCAACUGGAAUGGAACAAUUCUUGGCCCUCCUCACAGCGUCCAUGAGAACCGGAUUUACAGCGUGAACAUUCAUUGUGGUCCCGAUUAUCCUGACAAUCCCCCGACGAUCCAGUUCAUUUCCCGAGUCAACCUUCCUUGUGUCGAUGCGCGGACCGGAAAGGUUGAUUCUACGAAACUACCUUGCCUCGCCCAGUGGAAACGCGACUAUACCAUGGAGACUAUCCUACUGGAACUUAGAAGGUACAUGGCUCUCCCUGCGAACAAGAAGCUUCCUCAGCCUCCGGAAGGCUCCACGUUUUAG